CACACUGCCAACACAUUUUCUCAAUCACUGUGCCAAGGCAAUGCUGUGGAUCAGUUCUUCUGUGAAAUUCCCCAGAUCCUUAAGCUCUCCUGUUCGAAACUGGGCCUUGUUAUGGAAAUUAGGCUUCUUGUGGCUAGUAUAGUUCUUUGUUUUGGGUGUUUUGCUUUCAUUCUUUUCUCCUAUGUGCAGAUCUUCAGGGCCGUGCUGAGGAUGCCCUCUGAGCAGGGACGGCACAAAGCCUUCUCCACGUGCCUCCCUCACCUGGCUGUGGUUUCCCUGUUUCUCAGCACUGCCAUGGUUGCUUACCUCAAGCCCCACUCCAUCUCUUCCCCAUCCCUGGACCUGGUGGUGUCAUUUCUGUACUCAGUGGUACCUCCGGUAUUGAACCCCCUUAUCUACAGCAUGAGGAAUAAGGAGCUGAGGAAUUCUCUGUGGAAACUAAUGGCCAAAUGUGUUUUGAAAUCAGUGAACUGCCCAUCUAUUUCUAUACGUGACUUGUCAUUCAGAUUUUAA